GUCGGGUCUUGAGAAGUUGAGAGUUCAAUUACAGAAGUGACGCGUAAGGCUUAAUCUUGUACAAUACAGGUGUCAUUCUUAUUCGACUGGAUGUCAUGAGGCAGAGGAACUGGUCUCAAAAAUGGAAACUUAUAGCAGAAAGAGACUUAACAACACUUUUCUCCACUCAGCUUGCUGAUCAAGAUAUCAUUAAUGCUGUUAUCAAGCAACAUCCAGAGAUUGUAUAUAAUAUUCCCUGCCAAUGGAAUGUUCAGCUUUCUGAUAACACUCGCUCAGAACUUUGCUAUCUUGAAGUGAUGGAUUUGAAGGCUAUUCAUUGGAAUUCACCCAAAAAAUUAAAGGUGAAAAACAAACACGUUGAGUUCUUUCGAAAUCUUCAUCUUACAUUUUUAGAAUAUGAUGGGAAUUUACUCAGGAAUGAAUUAUUUGGUUGUAAUCAUUCUAGAUCUGCCAGUGCACCAAAUGCAUUAAACCAGUUGAAUGAAGAAGAUGAAUGCUACGAGUUUCGUCGUGCCCGCCACACAAAUUACCGUACUCAUUUAUUUUUCUUGGAUUUUGAGUAUGAUCCCACAAGUGAUGGUUAUGAUGUAACUCUUGUUGCAACGCUAUCUAUGGAUCGAUUGCAAAUGGUAGAACAGUUGCUCACUCACUGGGAUGGUCCAGUGAGCUUGACUUUGUAUAUAUCAGAUGCUGAAGCACAACAGUUCCUGUCAUAUGCACAAAGCUCAGAAAUUAUUGCAAACAGGAAGAAUGUUGCAUAUCAUGUUGUUUAUAAGGAAGGGAAUUUCUACCCAGUAAAUUUCCUACGAAAUGUUGGUUUGCAGCACGUAAACACACCUUAUGUCUUCCUUACUGAUAUAGACUUCCUGCCUAUGUUUGGCCUUUAUGUGUAUUUAAGGAAAACCCUCCAAAAUUUACAUCCAGACGAUAGUAAAAAGGCAUGGAUUGUUCCAGCCUUUGAAACACAGCGUUAUCGUCUAUCCUUCCCUCGGAGCAAGGCUGAAUUGUUGAACAGACUAGAUAUGGGGGAAUUAUUCACAUUCAGGUACCAUGUAUGGACGAAAGGUCAUGCAUCAACUAAUUUUGCUAAGUGGAGAACAGCAACAACACCAUAUAAGGUUCCAUGGGAGCAAGAUUUUGAGCCAUACAUUGUUGUCCGCAAGGAUAUUCCAGAGUAUGAUACUCGCUUUGUUGGGUUUGGCUGGAACAAGGUUUCUCAUAUUAUGGAGCUUCAUGUUAUUGGUUUUGACUUUGUGGUGUUGCCGAAUUCAUUCAUAAUUCACAUGCCCCAUGCUCCAAGCUUGGAUAUAGCAAAGUUUCGCACAUCACCACAGUACAAAAGAUGUGUGAAGAUAUUGAAAAGGGAGUUUGUUGAUGAUCUCAACCAGAAACACAACAGUAACAUCUCUUUACAGUGAAUGGAAACAACAAAAAUUCCGCGAAUAGGCGAAUUUUCUGCAAGUAAUGCGGGGAAACGCUCCAGAGAGAAAUCCGUGAAUGUGUGAGUCCGCGAAUCCAGAGAACGUGAAUACAGGGGGGUCCACUGCAUAGGUUUGAGCACAAUGACCUUUGCACAGUUUGUUUUAUUUUAGUACCUGAAUGUAUAUUUCAGUGAUUCUGAACGAGAAGCCCAGAGUACUAGAAUUAGCUGACUCCUAGAAAUGUUAAUGUUUAUGGAGGGUUCAAGUUUUUAUGUUCCAUAAAUUUCUAGUAUUUAUGGUAGUUGUCAACAUAAAAAGUUUAACAGAACUAGAGAUGCUGUUCAGUACUUAGUAAGUAAGUGCAGUGACCAGAAUGAAAAAUGUCUGCUGAAAUAGCUAUAUCAGAAACAGAAUACGUAGCUCAGUUUAAGUCUUCAGACGGGAGGCCUAUUGAAUACGUAUGAAGUUAAUUUUGUCUUUAAAUCUGAUUCAUGCGUUUCUUUUUUUGUUGAAUAGGAAGGUUUCAUAAAUUGAAUAGGAAGGUUUCAUAAAUUAAAUACUUUUAAUAUUUUUUUAUAAAAAACUUAGCAAUACUUCCAUAUUGUCUAAUACUUCUGAAAAUGAACUACUUACAAUAUCAGAACAUGAGACUCUAUGAAAAGGUGCAAAUAAAUUUAAAAAGUAAUUGUAUCACAUCCUAAUAUUGAUAGUAAGAGGAGAGUAUUUUAAUAAUAAUGAGUGGUUGGUAUUUUAAGGUUUUCUUUUAUAUCAUUAUUGAUAAAAAAAAAGUGGGGGAAUAAAGCCAUACAGUAGUUGAAGUAAAGUAAUGUGCCUAAGUGAGCUAUCAAAAAGGAAGAGGAUACCAUAGUUUUCAAUUCUUGAUUUGUUCUUUAGUGCUUAAUUUACUUUUAGUAUGUCUUCUCAGCCUGCUCUUACAAGCACUUGUGUUGGUAUUUGGGGCAGCCUGAUUCUAAUAUUAUUUCUAAUAAUAAGGGAUUUCAUGAAAACUGGGCAGGUUGUCUGACUGGCAAAAUAGGAAAAAAAAUAGUAUUAUAGCUUCAAAGAGCUUUUCUUUUUUUAUCCAUGCUCAGGUAAUACAAAUAUAUAAGCAAUGAACCAUAAUUUAAGGCCAAAUAUAAAUAGAGUUGUGAUAACAAAUGGCCAGUUGAAAAUAUUAAAAGUGUAAAUGGGUUUCUUUCCAAGUUAUUGAGAACAUAUGGAAUUACCAGAAGACAAUGUAAACUAUAAAACUGUAAAAUUUCUAUUCUGUUACUGUCUUCAACUACUAUCUAAUUUAUUGGCAGAUAUAUUUUUACUUUUAUACUAACCGCCAAUGUGUUACGAGAUGAUAAAGCAACUAAGUGGUUAAUUUUUCUUAAAUGUUAGCUAGCUUAAAGGGAUAGUGGUAUGCAAUAGUGCAUUCAUACAUAGUGCCGUAUAUUGUAAUACAGUAGUGUGUAGUUACAAAAUUUAUUCCAAUUCAAUAGCAUAUUCUAAGUUUUUUAAAUGUUUACUAUUCUCUUUCUUUCUUGCUAUUGCUUUGGUUAAUUAGUCAACCUAUAGGAUGCUUUAUUUUAACAAAUGACACUUUUAUAAAUCUGAUCAAAGUUUGUAAUAUGUAUGAACCUUGAAACAAAAUUGUUUACCAGAAUUAUUAUUGUAUUCAUUGUAUUUACAUUUUUUUGUUUCAUUUGUUGAAACAGGAAGAGUUGCAGCUCACCAAUUUUACUCUGAAUUCUCGAGAAUAAGAAUUUUAUAGGUUGUCAUAGUAAUUUUGGCAAAAUAAUUUUUUUUUAAAUAAUGAAUGUGAUUUGCCAUAUAUAUCAUUGUUUGAAGGGCUUAAUUUAAUGCAUUUGUGAACAUUUAUAAUUUAAUACUAGAUCUAAAAUCAGAAAUAUUUAUGUAGCAAAUAACUAGAUAUGAAGUUCCAAAUUCUUUUGUGAAUGAAAAAGAAAUCUUUGUAAAAUUUGAGCAAUAAACUGGACUAUUCUUCAAGUCCUAAUUUGAAAUUAUUGUUGAUUACAACAGAAAAAGGUUUCUGGAGAUGUUUUACAGGUAAUGAUUAGCAUUUUUUCCCUAAAUUCAGCAGGCAGGCAUCACUUUUACUUUUAAGCAUCAGAGUAGUAUAUAAUAGAAAAUGAACCAGUUUUAAAGUAUUUUAAAAUCUAAACUGCAAAGUAUACCAUUUUGCUAUCAGUAAUUUACUUCUUAGCGCUUGAUGCAGUGUUGAAAUAAUGUGAGAGAAUGUUUAACCAAUUAAGGCAGUCCUCUGUUAUUGGCAGACUCAGUUGCUACAUGGCGAGUUCCAGUUAUCAGCACCAUACAUACCUAACAGAGUUGCCAUUAACUGGAUAUCAGCACCAUAAAUCACAGUGUUUCAGUAAAUGGCAGUUUUCGCUUAUCAGCACCCAGCUGACAAUGACCCCACCCCCAUUAACUGGGGACUGCCUUAUGCAUCUUUCAUAUUGUCAAACUCUAAUUUUAGUGUGUCUAAUAUAAUUUUGGAAUGUAUAAAAAUUAAUGCAAGGUUAGAAGUGUUCUCUAAUCCUUAAUCCCCUUUAGUCUCAUGAAGUUACCCAAUACGUACUUGAAGAUACAUAUAUCUUAAGCUUUAAGAAUCUGAAGCUUAGCAUUUAUUCUCCCAUAUGUUUAUGUAUUUUGGUGCUUAUUAAACAUGAAUUACUUAACAUAUCCCCAAAAGCUGCUGUACCUCAAUUUUUUUUAUGCUGUUCACAAACCAUUUUAAUUAAUACAUAAGUGAAACUGACUUAGCAUUAUUUUUUAUACCAAUGUUAGUUUCAUGACUGCAUUUCAAGUCUAUGAAAAUCAAGUGGUUUAAAGUCAAUUUACUACUAACCAGCUGUCUUGGUUGUAUGCACUGAAUAGAUUGUAUUAUGAGUGUGUCAUAAGUGCCAAUUCUUUAUAUACAGUAGUAUAUAGACUGAUUACUUAUACGUAUAGUUUUUGAUAAGCAUUAAAAACUGAUUUUUUACUAAAGCAAGUCUUUCAAAUUAAAAUGUAACUUUAUUUUGGUAUAUUUUAUGUAAUUUACGCUACAUACUUUUUAUUACUGAAAUUUAGGUGUAAUUUUAACUUAUAUUAAUCAUUUGGAUUUUUAUCCGAUAUCUACUCUCACUGCUGUAAAAUUUCUUUAUAUAAAACAAUUUUCAGCUCACGAAUUUUAAAGCAGUUUGAAGAGUGGAAUUUAAGAGUGCUUUAAUUUCUGUAACUUUGUAGGACCGAGAUUUAGCCCAAAAUAAAAUGUGAGAUUUUUCAAUAGAUUAUA